UGUGGUGAAUUUGGGAUGGUUUUUCAAAGCCGUAUUUUUAUUUGUCAGCUGAAAACAAAAUUCUGAAACAAAUUGUCUUAAUAAACUAAAUUUUGGUAAAUCUACAGCAUUCCUGAAGAUCCGAAACAUGUUUUAAAACCAAAGAUAAGCCCUGAAUUAAAAUCUUGAAAAGGGCAGCUUGAACCAUUGGAUCAGCAGGGCCACUUAUUCACUUUCUUAUGUUAGGACAGGAACAUAAUGAAAAACGAGAAAAAAACAAGAAACGGUAACUCCUGACUCCUGAAAGACCAAGAACCUGAACUGAACAAACUCCAAAACUUCAAAACAGUGCCAGCAAGAUUCUACCAAAUGAAGUCAAUGGGAACCAAGAUAGAGGAGCCCCAGAUUCCUGAAAUGGCUUUGGAUCUUGAUAAUACUAACCCACAAAUGGUUUUUGGUCAUCUGUCCUAUGUCAGGAGCAACUCUACCUCGACUUGGCUUUUGAUUUAAGCAAUAGCUGGAUCUUUUCCAUCCCCGAGAUUGUUGUUGUAGAAACAAGACGGGAUCGAAGUUCUUUCCUUGGACGUUAAAACACUUAAGCAGCUAAGAUAGCUGAUGUCUAUGAAUGACAACUUGAGUAGUAUUCUGGUGGUGUGCAAUUAGCCAUUCCCAGACUUGCUGCUCGAUAUAUUGUUCAGUCUCGCAAUAGGUUUCCCUUUUUCGUUUCUGAUGAUAUUCUAAUUGUGUCGUACUGUUUUUGUGCCAAGGAUUUAUUCAGAAUUUCUCCAAACUCAAAAGUGAGCCUCUCUUGAACCUCAGGAUUGAACAUUGGUUGGUCCAGUACCUGGGCUGUAGCCUGUAGCCAACUACUCCUCCAACCCACCUUUCCCCCUAAAGGAAGGGACGGUGAAAUGUCCAUGGACUGAUUAAUAAACUGCAUUAAUGAAACCCUCUAAGUCUUUAUGAUUAGAAAAAGAGUAAAAGAUUGAAAUUAUGUUUUGUUCCAAGCAUUAAGUUUUAUUUAUCUAUGUAACUAAGCCCUUGUCAGGUUCUUCUGUUUCUUUUCUGACACGGGUGUAGUUUCCACGCUUCAUAAGGAUGCUUGACUGUAAUUGUCCAGUUACGUAUAAUUGCUUUAGACCCAUAAGUGACAAGUUCAAAGUUGAGCAGAUUUGUCUGACUGUUCAGCUACAAACUUAGAUGACCUUCCCAGUUUCUUUUUAAGCAUUUUGGUUGGUGUUCUGCACCAUAAGUUCAAAUGCUAGAGUGACUGGAACAUUUUUUAUGCAAUCAGGAGCAAGUAGGUUGGUGAUAUCAUCUUAAGUCUUCAGUUUCACUAAUUAACAAGAACUCGAAGUAGGAUUUGCCUUGUGCUUAUUCCUCAUGAAAUGAAACUAUAAAUAAAAGAAUGUUGUGACUGAUAAUCUGUGUUCGUGUCAAGCCUUCUGUUAUGGAGCAAGUGGAGCAGGUUCAAGCAAAUCUAGCUGCCAGAUUCCCUACCUGUACGAAGACCAUGGUUCGCUCAAAUGUUAGACAUGGAUUUUGGCUGCAUCUUCCUAUGCCAUUCUGCAAAUUGCACAUGCCCAAGAAUGAUACAACACUAAUUUUGGAAGAUGAAAGUGGGGAAGAAUACAAAACAACUUAUAUUGCAGAAAGGACAGCAUUGAGUGCUGGAUGGAAAGCCUUCUCUGCUGGUCAUAAAUUAGUCGAGGGGGAUGUUCUAGUUUUCCAUUUGGUCAGUUCUUCAAAAUUUAAGGUUUACAUAGUCAGAGCAUUCAAAUCAAACAAAGUAGAUGGAGGUUUUGGCUCACUAAAUGUGAAUGUUCAUGCAAAACCACUUAGGUCAAUUCGCAUGAAGAGAAGAAAGAGAACCUCUAAUAAGAAGGCCAACUGUUUGGAGCUUCUUCCACUGAACAUUCAACAUGACAAUGGUGAAAAUAACAGCCUGAUGGUAUUAGACACCGAUAAUGAGCGUUUAGUAGAUCAAUAUGAUAAUGAAUGCAAGGAUCCUAGCUCUGGCCUUUUUGAUGGAAUCCGAUCUUUGGCAUCCAUUAUUGAUUUUAAAGAGAUCAAAAGCAUUGACAGUUUCAUCAUUAUAGUGAAUGGUUCGAGAAUAGACUCCGAGCUUUCAGAGUACCAUAGAACCAAGUACUAUGAGCUCUGCUGCAGUCAGAAUUCAUUCCUCCAUGAUCAUCUUCUGGAGAGUAUUAGCAGUAAAUUGGCAGCUGAAAUAAUCACACAGACUAUUAGUAUUGCAGAGGCCAUUAAAGCCUGCAAACUUUCCACCUCUCAAGCAGAUUAUAUGCUCUGGGACAAGACUCUGAAAGGCUUUGAGCUAUUAGGGAUGAACGUUGGAUUUCUUCGAGCUCGAUUGAACCAGUUGAUGACCCUUGCCUUAGAAUUACAGGAAGCUGUGGAGUCAGAGAGGUGUAGAGUUAGUCUUGAGCAAGAUCACAUGAAAGAAGAGAAAAAAUCUCUUGAACUGAAGCUUGUGAAACUCAAAGAGGCAAUGCAUAGGCUUGAUUCUGAGAUAGAAACCCUGAAGGCAAAUGCUGAGAAGCAUGAGCUUAUAUUUCAGGAGGAGGCUAAUGCCACAUGGUGAUUAUUGGCUGCCUCAUUGUUUAAAGUUAUCGCAAGAGAUAGUUAAAAGUGUACCAGUUCAUGUAAGCUUCUAUAAGGAAGAUGUAGUAGAAAUAUUUUCAGCUUCUAUUUGCCUAUGACAGGACUCCAAUGUUGCUUGAGGAAGUUUUUCAUGGAAGAUAUUCCAUUUGGCUACAGUGUUAGAGUAGAAGUCUAGAUUAAUUAAUGACUUAAUGAAUUUGGGUUUUUUUUUCAAUGAAUUUGAUAUGA